UUCGACAUUUCUAUAAGUUCGAUAAAAAAGACAAAUGGAAUGUACUUGCAGUAUUCUCUUUUACACUUAUUAUUAUCAUCAUUACCGGCGGUAUAAAAAAUUCGUUGCCAACAUUUUACAGUCUUAUUAACGUAGAAUAAACAAUUGUUCAUCUAUUAUCGUGCGCCACUGCAAUUUAAUAGAAUUUCCAAAUGCACUUUCUACCGAAGUACAUCUUGUAGAUUACAUCUGUUUCAUUAAAAUUUCACAAAUUCAUACUUGAAUGUCGAAGGUUGUAGUCGCACGAUAAGGAUAAUAAAUAUUGCUUAAACGUAGGUACGCAAGUUUUACAAACAUUUGAGCAUUACAGUCAUUAACAAGGCUUGUACAUAGGUACUAUGCAGGUAAUUGCAGUAUGAAUUCUUCAAACUACGCGACGGAAUUGAGUGAUUAUUCUAAAAUGCGAUUACAGUAAUGGCAAGCAGGCAAAUAUGGAUUUUUUCCUGAAAUAAACAAACAUCCUUUCUCUUUCGAUUACAUUCAUUUUUCAAACCUUUACCCGCUAAGUGUUUUAUUUCAUUUUAAUAAUGCGUGAAAAUAAAAUCGAAAAACUGAUAAAAUCACACAUCGCAACGCUAUGUGAUUUAUAUCAAUUAGUCCUUUUCCUUUUAUGCAACUGCGUCUUUCUAUUCGAUUAAUCUACGGAAAUCUCCUUUAUCUUUUUUAUUAGUCCAUGGAGCUUCCUCCUUUUCAGAAAGCAUAUUUGUUGGUCUAUGCUUGUAUAAAAGCUUUUAUUAAAUAAGUUCGUUUCUUAAUCGAUGUAAAAAUAAAGAAGAAAUGGGAGUUAUCAAUGGUUGAAAGAAAUGCAUAUAUAAGAUCUGCUUCGGGAGGAUCCGAUAAAAGUCAUUCACAAUUAUCUAUGUCAUCGCGUAGGCGAACGUUAAAGACAACAAACAGUGGUUGCCAGGAUCGUGUCCAAGCGGGUUAAAAGGAUGUGCCCUAACGAUGUCCACCCCCAGUUGGUUGACAGGCAUCCCUCAUCGAUGCUCUGCAAGGACCAACACACUCCACCGUUUAUCAACCUGACACACUUUUCUGUCGGCCUAAUUGAGUAAAAACACUAUCUGACAAGAUGAAAAUAUGUCGACAAUACGAAAUUACUUUCUAAUAUGGUGCACCUGUUACUUUUAAACGGAACGGCUUUUCUUAAACGCGAUAAAGUGAUCUAUCGUUGUGACGGAAGCCUCUUUCUUCAACGAACAAUAUUUAUGCCCAGUACGCUAUUAAAAACUGUUUGAUUGAAUUUUAAAAAGGUGCCAGUGUAAGAAAAAUAGGAUAAAUCGUCAUGACUAUUUCAAGAGUUUACGAUAAUUAGAAUAGAAUGUAAGAGCAGUUUUUGGGAACAUAAUAGAAUAGUAUUGCAAGAAGAGGAUUUAGGACGAGCGCAGAAGUGUCUGCAUUAAACAACUGGUCACAAACCACUUAGUGCCUGUCUCCUCGCGGUAAUGAAUCACCAUGAAGAACCGAGACCAGGACGCAAUGCUGAGUAAACUUUACUACAGAGAAUACAUGAAUCCAGAGAAGAAUGAAAUAGCGCCGAUCGAAACAACUUACAAGAGUAAUGAUAGAUCGACGUUAAAUUAUUUGAGGACUCACGAUCUGAAUUUACCCUAUUCUAUUAAUACGGUCCAUCUCCAGAAGCGGUAUAAAUCGCCUCUGCAGAUGGAAGGAUACGCCGCUCGCGACAAUUUCCGAAAUAAACCGACGUCCAUUAAGGAUACUACAUUGAGAUCGAGAUAUAAUAAGAACGCGUUUGCGAAGGAGAGCCCAAUAACGCAACAGUACGACGAAGACGACGACGAUGAUAAGAGAGCAGGUAAAAGUAAAAAACAACAGAGCGUGAGGACCGUUGUUACAACUACUCUGAAGCAGUACAGUACGAACACUAGCCUUCACGGUUUGCAUUAUAUCGGAGAUUCAAAUUUCACGAUUUUUGAAAGGAUUUUCUGGCUAAUUGCUUGUUUCCUAGCACUCAUGGGCGCUUCUUAUUAUAUUUGGUCCUUAUACCAAAAGUGGGUCGAUUCACCUAUCAUCAUUUCCCUCAGCCCGGAACCGGUGCCAUUGAAUGAAAUUCCGUUUCCAUCUGUUACCAUUUGCAACAUGAAUAACGUGAAGAAAAGUGAAGCAGAUCGCAUACAUGCCGGGAACGACGCUCGAAAGAAGAUGCUGUUAGAAGAUAUGUGUAACUUUGAUAACGAAACGGUAAAUAAUGAACCUGAUCAGGCUGCAGUAAAAUGGGAAAACAUGCUGCGUUUUAUGAUAAAUGUGUCGCAAUCUUGCACAGAAAUGUUGCAUUUAUGCAAAUGGCACGGGAACAUUACGGACUGCGAAAAGAUUUUUAAUCCGUCGAUGACCGAUGAAGGAAUGUGUUGCAAUUUUAACUCGGUUCACAGAAAAUACUUGUUUUAUAAUCCAAAAGAUUGGUCUGACCUGAACGUGACGUUCCCGUUCAAGAGCAUCGACUGGAAUCCUGAAACUGGGUACGACAAAGAUGUACCAGCAGAUUCUAUGCCGUGGAGGCCCUACGGUGCCGGCCAGUUCUACGGUCUGACUCUUGUACUCGAUGCAAAUAUUGCGGAAUAUUAUUGUUCGUCUUCUGCUAGCGUUGGUUUUAAAAUGUUGCUGCACAACCCGGUCGAGACACCAAAGAUCGCUGAUUUCGCAUUUACUCUGACACCAGGCGAGGAGACCAGAGUGAUCGUGUCGCCUGAAAUAUCAACCGCGAGCGAUUCUAUAAUCUCGAUUCCCCAGAAAAAGAGGAAGUGCUUCUUCACGUCUGAGAGGAAACUACGAUACUACAGGACCUACACGCAGAGAAACUGCAUCCUCGAAUGCGAAGCCAAUUUUACGCAAAAGACUUGUGAUUGCGUCCAAUAUUACAUGCCCAAAUCCUCCAACACGCUUAUCUGCGAGAAGAAAGACGAUGUGUGUGCGACGAACGCUCGGAGGGCAAUGGAAAUCAAGCUUUAUGAUGACGAGAGCGGAAUAACUUCUAUCAAUGCUUCCGAAACAUCUAGCUGCAAUUGUUAUCCAGGAUGCUAUGAGAUCAAUUACAAAGUGCAAGUUUCAGGUGGCAAAUUAGUACCCAGUUUCGCCAUAUCUGAUGGCUACAUAAAAAAGAAUAAAAAAUAUUUCACCGAAAACAUAGCAGUUGUUCAUCUGUUCUUUGUCGGGUCUCAAUUUACUAAGUACGUAAAGGAUGAACUGUUCGGGUUCACAGAAUUUCUUUCGAGCACAGGCGGCUUAUUGGGUCUAUUCAUGGGAUUUAGUAUCAUCUCGUUGGUGGAAAUUAUUUAUUUCUUGACUUUACGAUUAUGGUAUCGGUUGUACAAAAUGAAAGCUAUCCCUCGUCGUCAGACUUUUCACGUACAACCUUACGAAUCAAAUAUAAGAGGUCUUUAUCCGUUUGUACAUUGAUUUCAUUUGUAAAGAAGCGAUUGCCGAUUUUUGGAAAUGUACCUCAAAUAUUUUAAGAAUAUAUUUUAAGCGAGUAUCUGCAUUAUAUGAAAGUUCUUUUUCCUUUACUACACAACAGCAAUAGCAUAAUUUUCCUAAGUAUUCUAUAAUAUCAUUCAUUUAAAAAAAACUAACUCCUGAUCUUGUAAUUUUAAUACGUAAUUAUUUAUGCAUUCGAACCACAAUAAUCUGUCACCGUUUAAUGUUCUUUUUUUCCUUUUAUAUUCCACGGACGCGGGAUUAAAGUAAAAAUGGCUAUUAUAAAGAAGUUCUAAUUAUUAUUAACGCAUAAUGAGACAGAAUAAAAUACUGCACGAAGGGAAAGGGAGAGCUGAUCAGAAUGUUAAAUGAAUUUUC